GUCCUGCCCGAAGCUCGUCAGCGGUCCAGCGACAGAAUGCCUGUCUACUGUGAUGAAGACUUGGGUUCAAACCCUGCCAUCAUUUUGCACUACAUCGGCGGACCAGCGACAGCGUGCCGGUUUACCACGUUCCUGCUGCGAGCCGGGGGCAGAACACUUGCUGAAGGGAUUUCCGACGUCUACGAACAAUUCAUCAAAGAUUCGCCAACUUUCUUCGCCUUUUUCGACCCCGAAAACAAAGCGAAGAAUAAAUAUCCAAAUGAUAUAUUUUUGGCGGAUCAGAGUCGUGUGGUGCUGGAUGAGAAGCCUGACUAUUAUCACGCAUCUUAUGUGGAUGGAUGUACCCAGUGCAAGCCAGAGGUGAUUGUGGUACUGAUGGAAUUGGAUCCGGAGGACGAAUCUCAAUUUCUCGUUCCGCCAAGCUCGAAGCCAAAGAAAUACGGUGCGAUAACUGUCAAGAGCGAGGACAUCAAGAAAGGCAGUUCAAAAGAAGAAAGUGAAAAAUUUGGAAGUUUUACGAUUGUCCUUACGAAGGGCAAGGAUGCGGAAGGAGGAAAAGAAAAGGAGAAGGAGGUGAAAAGUAAAAAUGAUAAGGACGAGAAAGACAAGCCAGAUAAGGAAGAGGAGGGAGAAAAGAAGGAUAAGGAGGAAAAAGAUAGCGAUGACAAAGAAGAUAAAGAUGGCAAAGAUAAAGAGGGUAAAGAGGGGAAAGAUAAGGAUGAUAAAGAGGGAAAGGAUAAAGCAGAUAAGGAGAAAGAUGAUAAAGCUAAAGGAAGCAAAGAGAAGGAAGAAAAAACUAAAAAUAGCAAAGAAAGUGAAAAAAUUAAGGAUGGCAAGGAAAAGGACGAAAAAGUUAAAGAUGGCAAAGAAAAGGAUGAAAAAGCUAAGGAUAGCAAAGAAAAAGAUGAAAAAGUCAAGGAUGUCAAAGAAAAAGAUGAAAAAGCUAAGAACAGCAAGGAAAAGGAUGAAAAAGUUAAAGAUAGCAAGGAAAAGGACGAAAAAGUGGAGCAAAAAUAUCGGGUGAUAGCGUUUAACACAUGGGUUGAUGAUAUGGUUGUUCCCAGAGAUGAUUUCUUCAAAUUUCAUGAAACGGUCCACAAAGAUUUGAAGGAAAAGCCACGUGAAUGCUCGCAGCUUGUUAUAUGUCCAACAGGAGCACAUCGUGCGGGAAUUUGGGCAGUGUUCGACACAGAAGCCGAGCGGCUUAAGACCAAAGACCGGAUUCGAUUCUCAGAAACGGUGAAAAGCGUUCGAAGCCAAAGAUGCAAUACGAUAGAAGCUUUCGAGCUUUUCGACGCUCUCCUGAACCUUCUUGUGGAUUACGCUAAGCUGCACGUCCAAAACAGUACCCAAAAAAAUGGCAAAUAA